AUUCCAUUGCAGUUUUGACAUACAUCUAACUUAACGCAUUAUUGCCAUUAAAAAAUUACGAAAAUUAUUUUAGACGUGUGUUGUCCCGCGGUUCUACAGAGAAGAAAAAAUUCAUAAAAUUGAUUACAGAACUCGAGAAAUUCAAUAUUUCUUUUCUAAUUUAUUGUUAUUAAACAACGGUCUCGUUGGGCUUGCUGAAAAGUGUGUGACUCUGAUUUAUCAAAGGGAGAAAAAAAAAACUUUUGCCAACCAAAAAGAAAAAGUUCUUCGAGUAAAAAAAAGUGAAUUUAAAAGCGAAGAAAAACUUAAAAGCAGUGCCGAGUGGAUAGACCUGGAUGACUUUUUUUGGAUUUGGCUGUUCGGAUUCAACAGAAAUGCUUCACAGAAUACGAUCAAGUAUACAAAUCGUAAACGGCGCACAUUAGCAGUAGCAUGGAUUUUAUCAACACAAGUAGCGUUUCGUUUCCACUUUCUUUGUUUUCAUUAUGUUCAAAUCGAUUUUGAAUUCGAUUCAAAAGAAUGUUAUUGGCGCCACGAUAUUUGGAAAAUCACCCACAAUGAGCACGUCAGACGAAACUAUACCCGCAGAGCCAAUACCUUUGAUCGAUGUGAACGACGAUCCAAUUACACUUAACAGUUCAACAGAGGAAACUGAGAACACUGUAGAUGCACUAGCCGAAUGUGACGAUCCACUAUGCGAUCCAUUGGCACUAGAUGACAGCAGCGUCAGUACCGAGCUAGCUGAUGUUGCUGAUAAGACGCUGACCGAUCUGAAGGCGGCCAGUGACGGUCAAAUAAUACUCAUAGACGUAAAUAUUUUAAGGAACGUUGAACAAAACGAAUUGAUUGGCAGCAGAGACAUUCAAACGGAGGAUUUGAUUGAAACGAUCGAAGAGGGUGUACCUAGUGAUGGUUCGGAUUCUGGAGUUGCGUCGGACGGAUCGAUUAUUGAGAGUCGUCCGCAAAUACCAAGCAUCGUGGCCAAACGCAGUUGCCUGAAGCGUCGUUCCUCGGAUCUGAUACUCGCCGACAAUGCGAAGCGAGUUAAGCGAAAUAUCAAAUUUGAUGGCGUGAAUGUCUUCUAUUUCCAACGAGUGCAGGGAAACAGUUGCGUUCCGUCGCAGGGCGGAUGUACACUCGGUAUGGCCCGACAUCAUAUGUACAAUCGCACCUUUUCGUCGCUCUCUGAACAUGCAGCCGAACAGAGACGCAUUCAUCGCUUACAGGACAUGAACGCGAACAAUUCGUCAACGGAUGAGUCGGAAACGGAAGACGAAGCGAGUGAAAAUAGCGGUUCUGAUUUGGACGCCGAAACGAAUGGAUUCUUACAGCCUGUGCCUGCUCGACAGCGAAGAGUUAUGCUGAAAACGGCUGGAGUGCUGAAAAUCGACACAAAUGAAAAGGAUGAGUGCCGGAAGAUUCGUACGUCGCGAGAGAUGUGCGGCUGUAGUUGUAGUGGCUAUUGCGAUCCGGAUACAUGCUUUUGCAGCCAAUCGGGUAUUCAAUGCCAGGUGGAUCGACCAAAUUUCCCAUGCGGCUGUUCACGGCACGGUUGCGACAAUGUGGUUGGUCGUGUAGAAUUCGAUCCGGAACGUGUCCGGAUUCAUUUCAUUCACACAAUUUUACGCUUAGAAUUAGAAAACAAGCAAAAUCGAUCGGAAGAGAUCGUGUUCAAAAAUGAUGUGUCACGGCAAUGGCAUCCGCAAACCCGACCGCCCGAUAUCAGUGCGUCCGGCUCAAUUAGUGAUUUUUCCAAUUGUAACUACGGCUCGGUCGCCUUUGACAACCUAUCCCAUCGAAGUAGCACGUCAAUGGCCGCUGAUCGAACCAUGAAAGACUAUGAUCGAACCAAUCAAUCGAUGCCAUCACAUUCGGAUACUAGUAAUUUAAUUGAAUUGGCCAACCGGCCGUCGGACGAUGAUACGUUAAAUUUACACUACGAUUACCGCAACGAGGAAUUCAGCACUGAGUCGCUGAUAAAUUCGAACAUCGUCACGGAUAUCGUCGAUAAAGGCGGCGACGUCGGUACCGUUAAUAGCUUUAAUUCGACGUUUAAUGAAUUUUUGGAGCGAACAUACAACUUAGGAGGUACAGAUCAUUACCAACACCAUUCCGCUUUUUUAUCGUCACCGCAUAGUGGAUCCACAUCGUCGGGCAUAGUUGAUUCAUCGACCAUCGACAACAUUCCCUACGUCCUUUGUGAUGAACCGAUACCAAAUAGUGACACUGCAAUACCAUCAACAUCGUCGCAACAUUUCGCCACCAAACUGGAUGGCGGAGCGUCGCUACUGCACAAUGACAUCGCCGAAUUUCGAAAUAGUGAGGCGAAUGCGACGGAAUCGAAUGAAAAGCAACAAUUGGAUGAUUCGAUGCGUGCCGAUGUGAUCACGGAAUUGUUGAACCAUGAAAUUGAUGUUGAAGAGGAAAUACCAUCGGUCAUGGUAACACUGGAAUCGAGUAAAACGUGUGGAACGGUUGAAGAUGAAGAUUUCUCGUUGUGCGUUACCGACGACGAAGAGUGUGCGGAUAAAAAUGAAUUGAAUAAUUUAUAAUGAAUGUGAAAUGUAAUUAUUAAAACAGAAAACAGAAAAAAACAUUGUUAUGAAGCG